AUGUUUUUUUUUUUCUUUUCUAAUUUUUUUUUUUUUUUUCUCUUUUUCUGUCUUUUUUUCUUGUUUUUUUUCUUUAUGUUUUUUUUUAUGUCUUUUUUUUGUUUCUUUUUUUGUCUCUUUUCUAAUGUUUCUUUUUCUGUCUCUUUUCUAAUGUUUCUUUUUCUUUUCUUUUUUUUUUUUUCUUUGCCUCUCUUUUUUUCUUCUUUCUUGUUUUCCAAUUUUCUUUUUUUAGUGUCUUUUCUUUAUCUUUUUUUUUUCUGUCUUUUUUCUAAUGUUUCUUUUUCAUUUUCAAAUUCUUUUUUUAUCAUUUUUUCGUAUAUAUUUUUUAUUUUUUCUCGUCAUUUCUUUUUUUUUUCACUCUUUCCUCGCUUCUAUUUUUAUGUCAUUCUUUCUUUUUUUUCCAUGUCUUUUUCUCGCCUUUCUUUUUAUGUCACUUUUUCUUUAUCUUCUCUUUUUUAUGUCAUUUUUCGCCUUCUUUUUUCAUGUCACUUUUUGUUGCCUUCAAUAUUUAUGUCACUCUUUCUCGCUUUCUCUUUUAUAUCAGUCUUUCUCACCUUCUCUUUUUUAUGUCACUCUUUGUCACCUUUUUUAUGUCACUUUGUUCGCCUUAAAUUUUUACGCCACUCUUUCACACUUCUAUUUAUUGCCAGUCUUUCACGCCUUCUCUUUUUUAUGUCAUUUUUACUCGCCUUCUCUUUUUUUUAUGCUAAUGUUUCUCACUUUCUCUUUUUAUGCCACUCUUUCUCGCCUUCUCUUUUUAUGUCAUUCUUUCUUUCUCUUUUUCUUUUUUAUCUUCUCUUUUUCUUUUCUUUUUAUGUCAUUUUCUCUUCACUUUCUGAUCUAUCUUUUCUCGCCUUCUUUUUCUCAUUCAAUCUUUCUUGUCUUUUUUUUUAUGUCUCUCUUCUCACCUUUUUUUUUUUUCUCGCCUUCUCUUUUUUUCUUUCUCGCCUUCACUUCUCAUGUAACUCUUUCUCACCUUCUCUUUUAUAUCACUCUUUCUCGCCUUCAUUUUCUCAUGUAACUCUUUCUCACCUUCUCUUUUAUAUCCUCUUUCGCCUUCACUUCUCAUGUAACUCUUUCUCACCUUCUCUUUUUAUAUCACUUUUUCUCCUUCACUUCUCAUUUAACUCUUUCUUUUUCUCUUUUAUAUCCUCUUUUCGCCUUCACUUCUUUUAA